UUGGUGACUGGGUUUGUGCUUCCUAGCCGUAAUGUCGUGGUCAAAACCCUAGACCUAUAAAUGUAAAAUGAUCCAUAUAAACCCAUCCCUCUAUUCUACCAUCUUCUCCAGUAGCCACUCCAAGCAUCUUCACGAGCACAGGAUCCCUUAGAUUUUGUUAAGUUUUAAACAAUGUCUGCCGGAGAGAUAGCUUGCACUUACGCUACUUUGAUCCUCCACGACGACGGGAUCGCCGUCACUGCGGAGAAGAUCGCUACACUGGUGAAGGCAGCUAACGUGUCGGUUGAAUCAUACUGGCCAAGCCUUUUCGCUAAGUUGGCAGAGAAGAGGAAGCUCGACGAUCUUAUCAUGAAUGUUGGUUCUGGUGGUGGCGGUGGUGCUGUUGCCGUCGCUGCUCCCGCUGCAGGUGCUGGUGCCACCGCUGCCGCUGCUGCUCCUGCUGUUGAGGAGAAGAAGGAGGAACCCAAGGAAGAGAGUGAUGAUGACAUGGGAUUCAGCUUGUUUGAUUAGGUGCUUUCGCCGUUUUUAGUGUCUUUUAUGUUUUUUAGUUGUUUUGCGAAUUAGACAAAAAUUAGGAUUCAUCUUUUUUUGGUAAUUCAAACGCCCAUUUGGGAACUAAUUCAAGCGGUUUUAUUUUGGAAUUGAUUUUGGAGAACCAAUACAAGGGGUUCAAUUACAUAUCACUGCCUUUUUAUGAGCUGUUCUUGAAUUUUACAUGGUUAAUUUGGUAAUUGUUGAGUUCUAUUUGAUUA